UCUAGAUCCUUCUGUAGUGCAUGGGAAGUCCACAGUCCCUUUUUUUUUCAAGCGCAAGGGCUUAAAAAGGGAGGGUCAAAGCUGACCUUGUCAUGAGCAGGUGACAUCCUGGAUAAAUAGAGCCUGAGCUUAUGAAGUUGUUACACUGUUCAUGCUGCUUUUAGCUGCUAACUGACCUGUUUUCUUUCCAUUUUAGGGGCAUUCUGCACAUAGUUCUUCCUUCAGGAUGUUUCCUCUGGAGGAGAUCACAAACAACACAUGCUCUUCUUACCGGGAUCAGCAUCCUCACACUAUCCUUUACAACAUCUUGAGCGGGAGGGACAGCGGAUACUUCAACAACAAAUUGAACCACAGCGCCACGGCCCACAACUGCCACUGUGAGCGGAGGAGGACAGUUUGCCUUAAGGACCCAAAGGUGACAUGCCAGGUUGCCUCCAGUGUGCUCGUCAAAACCAUCUGCUUUGUGAGGAGUUUACCAUCCUUCAGUCAGCUUCCGUCAGGAGAUCAGUCGUCACUCUUAAGACACUGCUGGGUUCCUUUAUUUGUUCUGGGGCUUGCCCAGGAAAAGAUAGUCGUUGAAGUGACGGAUGUACCAAAUUUAAGCAUCCUUAGACAGAUUCUGCUCGGACCAGGACGCGCUGAAAAGGACACUGACCGACCAACUCUUGCAGGAGUCCACGAACUGAGAGCUGGCUUGCAUCAGCUGUGGAAUCUGGAUCUCAGCCCAAAGGAAUACGCCUACCUGAAGGGCGCUUUGUUGUUUAACCCAGCUGUUGAAGGGUUGAGCGCCUUGCUGUUCAUUGAAGGCCUUCAACAAGAAGCUCAGAGAGCUCUCCAAGAAGUCAUCCACCUCCUGCACCCGAAUGACGACGUUCGCUUCAGCCAAGUCCUUCUGGCAGCCUCCGCCAUUCAGACUGUCAGUCACAGCCUGGUCACAGAGCUCUUCUUCAAGCCAGUUAUCGGCAACACAAAUAUGUUACAUUUAUUAACAGAGAUGUUGUUUGUGCAAUGAGACCCCGGUGAGAAAGCCUUG